AUGAGUGGAAAAUUGACCCCAGAGUUCGUCAUCCAGUACACUAAAUUCGCAACUGGAAUUACAUUUGUAUGGCCUCCAAGCUCAAAAGCAUCGCGGCUCUCAGAAAUCACUUUUAAAAUCGGCUGGUGGGUUUCCUGGAUUCUCUGCGUAGUUAUCGUUCUUUCAUUGUUCAGGACAGCGUACAACCACCGGGAUAAUUUUAUGCAACUUACUGAAACAUUAUCAACAGCAGCUUGUCUGCUUCAAGUUAUGACGAAGAUGGUCGUUGGAAAAUGCCAUUAUAAUCGGUUGCAGUACUUGAUUCAUGAAAUGGAGACAUUUGUGGAGAAUGCAAAUUUCCACGAACGGGAGAUACUCACCAACUACAUAAAACGAAUUGUUUCUUUUCACUUCGUUUAUCAUACUCUCUGCGCUAUCUUGGCUACGUUUUACAUAUUUGGUCCUUUCCUAAUGGAUCAGCCAUUGCCAUUCGGAGCUGAGUAUCCCUUUUGUAUUGAUGAACACCCGGCUUACGAUAUUGUUUACUUACUGGAAUCAAUAGGGGGUAUUCAAUGUUCCUGUAUCAUCGCCUUUAUUUGUCAAGUAUCUCUGCUUCUCUGGUAUGGAACAAUUCAACUUGCAUUUCUUGCUGAAAAAAUGAGGAAUGUCAAUAAUACUCAACAACUCAAAGAGUGCAUUAGUAAACAUCAGCAUAUAUUACGGUAUAUAGAUGAAAUCACAAAAAUCGUCCGGUACAUGGUAAUGACAGCAAUUGUAGUAGCCAUGAUAUCCGUCACAUGUUCAGGAAUCCAUAUAGUCGGAAAAGAAAAUAUCAUUCGAAGAAUCCAGUUUUUGUUAGUUGUCAUCGUGGACGGCUUAGAGCUUCUCUGUCUGGCCUGGGCUGCAGAGAAUUUAUCCGCAGCUUCCAAAGAAGUUGGAUGGGCACUGUACAGUUCUACAUGGAUUAAACAUUCCAAGGAAUUGAACAAGACUGUAAUUUUCGUCAUUCAAAGGUGUCAAACGCCGCCGAAAAUUGCGAUCGGUGGAUUGUUGCCUCAAUUGUCUAUGAAUUAUUAUGGAAGGUACAUGUCAACAAUGUAUUCCUUCUUCACUACGCUACGUGUAAUGCUUAAAAAAUUCGAGGACGAUGUAUAG